GCUCUUCAACCUGGCGGUGAACCCUGAGUGGAUAGACGGACAAACUUUCAUAUCAAAUCUGGAGUGUGGGCUUUGACGGAAGGCCUGCAUGCAUGUUAACAACACGUGGCAAACAGAGACAAAAUCAGAGUGGGAAGAAGAACACGGAGACCUGAAAAGCAAUAAGAUACAACAAACUGGGCUUAGCUUCAGACUAGCAGAGGUCUGGCAGGUUUCAAGAUAAUGAUGAGUGUGAUAAUGUUAAUGAUUAUGGUGAUGAACACGGUAACAGCUUCAGCGCCUGGCUCUGAGAUGCACAUUAAACCUGGAGGUUGCCACAAGCUGGGAUCCGGGGUCACAGAGAUUCCUUCUAACAUCCCCAGCAACACCCAAUGCCUGAGAGUUAAGCAGACGCAGAUCCGAGAGAUUCCCCAGGGUGCCCUCACCAGCCUGCAGCACCUCAGGAAACUCAUCAUAAUGAAGAACGACGUGCUGGAGAGUAUCAGCGCGUCUGCCUUCGCCAACCUCUCUCAGCUCACUUACAUCAUCAUCUCUGAAAACCUUGCUUUGGAGAGAAUUGAAGCUUUUGCCUUCUCCAAUCUCCCUGAACUCACUGAGAUAAACAUAGAAAAGUCAAAACACCUGAGUUCCAUCCAUCCAGAUGCAUUCGGGAACAUCACGAAACUACAGCAUCUGACCAUCUCCCACACCACACUGAGAAUCUUUCCAAACUUCUCCAAGAUCCAGUCCACAGCCACCGAACUUCUGUUUCAACUGCAGGAGAACAGCCACAUAGAGAGAGUCCCCGCCAAUGCCUUCAGAGGCCUCUGCACUCAAGCCAUCUUAGAGAUACGGCUCACCAGAAAUGGCAUCAAGGAGGUGGCAAGUGACGCCUUCAACGGCACAAGGAUGAAAAAAUUGUCCCUGAGAGGCAACAAACAUCUUACUCACAUCAAUCCCAACGCCUUUGUGGGUUCCAGUGAGUUGGUGGUACUGGACGUCUCUCACACAACCGUCACCUCCCUGCCGGACUCCAUCCUCGGUGGGCUCCAGAGGCUGUUCGCAGAGUCCGCCUUGGAACUGAAGAAACUUCCCUCUCUGCAGCUCACCAAACUGCACCAGGCCAGCCUGACCUACCAGUCGCACUGCUGCGCCUUCCAAAACAUACGCAGGAACAGAUCGAGGUGGAACCACCUGUGCUCCAACCCCAACGCUCCGGAUCAACUUCAUUUCUACAGAGAACACUGCUCCAACUUCACCUCCAUCACCUGCAGCCCAGCGCCAGACGCUUUUAACCCCUGUGAGGACAUCAUGUCCGCCGUCCCCCUGCGGGUCCUCAUAUGGAUCAUCUCAAUCCUCGCACUGCUGGGGAACGCAGUAGUGCUCCUUGUACUGAUAGGCAGCCGCUCCAAACUGACUGUUCCCCGGUUCCUUAUGUGCCAUUUGGCCUUUGCCGACCUCUGCAUGGGCAUCUACCUGGCAGUCAUAGCAACUGUAGACAUGUUCACCCGUGGCCGGUACUACAACGAUGCCAUAGACUGGCAGAUGGGCCUGGGUUGCAGUGCUGCAGGCUUCUUCACGGUGUUUGCCAGUGAGUUGUCAGUGUUCACAUUAACAGCGAUCACCCUGGAGCGCUGGCACACCAUCACACAUGCUCUGCGGCUCGACCGUAAACUCCGCCUGAGACACGCGAGUAUCGUCAUGACAGCAGGCUGGAUCUUCUCAUCUCUGGCCGCUUUGCUGCCCACAGUUGGAGUCAGCAGCUACAGCAAGGUUAGUAUCUGCCUGCCCAUGGACGUGGAGUUUCUGGCGUCUCAGGUCUACAUUGUGUCUCUCCUCCUCCUCAACAUCCUGGCCUUCUUCUGUGUGUGUGGCUGUUACCUCAGCAUCUACCUGACCGUCCGCAACCCCUCGUCAGCGCCGGCCCACGCUGACACCCGCGUGGCCAAACGCAUGGCCAUCCUCAUCUUCACUGAUUUCAUCUGCAUGGCUCCCAUCUCCUUCUUCGCCAUCUCGGCCGCCCUGAAGCUCCCCCUCAUCACCGUCUCACAAUCCAAAUUCCUCCUGGUCUUCUUCUACCCGAUCAACUCCUGCUCCAACCCCUUCCUGUACGCCUUCUGCACUCGCACCUUCAGACGGGACUUCUUUUUCCUCGCAGCCCGCUUCGGCCUGUUCAAGACCCGGGCGCAGAUUUACCGGACAGAGAGUUCGUCCUGUCAGCAGCCGGCGUGGACCUCUCCAAAGAGCAGCCAUGUGGUGCUGUACUCCUUGGCCAAUGCAUUGAGUCUAGAUGUGAAACAAGAAUGCUGACUGUCUCUCAAAAAUCUGCAGACUUUUUGCUGGCCCAUGGUCAGAGAGGCCCUAUUUCUCUACGGAUGAAGCUACAGUCAUUCUGCUAGCUCUGGCUCUGGCGAAGAUAUUGACAGAAUAAAAUAUGAACACCUAUUAAAGUAAGAAAAAUUCAACUUGGUUUAAGAGAUCCUCUUCUUCUCUCUCACUUGUUGUGGAAAUGUAGAAGUGCACUGUUAAAUCCUCAUUUUUACUAUUUAGUCAGCUUUGAUUUUUAGUUGUUUAGUUUUUAUCUAUCGCAAGUAUGUUGCAAAUAUCUUUGGCCAGACCGUCAGCUGCUUACUCUUUGGACUCAACAUCUGAACCACAACAACUCGGGACACAAGUGUCAGUGUCCUUCCAAACCCAUGUGACCGGUGGUUAAACUCUACUCUAUGCACAAUAGCAACCCGAGCAUGGAUAGCCACAAAACAACUGCAGAUACUUUGUCCAAAUCUAGGUCAAACUGCUGCCCUAGAUAAUUCUUUGUGUUUGUUUUAAUUUCAUUGGAGUGCCAGAUGGGUGGAGUUUACCGCAACAUAACAAUUUAGAUCAUAAGUAGAACGUAGAAAGAAUAGGAGAAGAAGUAAACUGACUUCACUUUCAUGUACAGUCUUAUGUAACAAAACACCAUCCAUCUGGUGUCCCUAGAUAAUGAAACCAACUAAAGGGCUUUGAAACAGUUUAGCAAAGGUUCUGACGCUCUGGAUGUCAGCAUAUGCAUGUCAAGAAAUCAACAGUCAUUUAACAUUCAGUGUUAUGAUUGAAUGAUAUUCAUUAUGAAGCACACCAUGGGGACCUAGUGAUUAAUAAUCUCUUCAAACUUUCCAUCUGCCGUAGCUCUGGAUGCCUCCACAGCCCCCUCUACCACUCAGUUUCUCUAUUUGUUUGAAAAGAGGGGCAUGUAAUUAUCUUUGUAAUGUGAUUAUGUUUAUUGUUUGUAAAUGAUAGUACUACUAAGUAUCACCUUUUUAUAUCUUUGGUUUGCACAAAAUGUAUGUUUGGGAUCAUUUUUAUAAAGUUGUUUAUUAUAA